AUGCGCGGAGUCGCACCUGGCCGUGGCGCUGUCGCUGUCGCUGUCGCUGUCGCUGUCGCUGGCGGUCGCGCUCGCGCCUACCUCCCUCCACGAAUUGAGACUUGUCGCGACUUCCAUCAUCACACUGGCAUAGCACGUUCCCACCUCGAGUCGUGCAGCAUGAGCGGCAACCGAGAGGCCAGCGCAAUGGUCGCGCUACCCAGCACGCCAGACAAGCGGCCUUCUGCUGAGCACUUCGACAGCAUGAUCCAGAUCAAGGUUGGCACCGGCAGCGAAAUGCAGACCUUCGACAUGUACAAGGGCGUGCUUCGCUUCUACUCCGGAUACUUCCGCACCGCCAUCGAGAACAUUGAGAACGGUCGCUUCGCAGAGGCGCAGGACGGUGCCAUCAACCUGCCGGACGAGGAGCCAGAGAUAUUCAACCUCUUUCGCGGAUGGCUGUAUACUCGUGUACUCCCCAAAGUCGAAGAUCCACAAUCUGACUCCGCGUGGCGCAUACUUUUCAAGCUGUGGUGUUUUGGAGACAGACGCAACAUACCACUGCUCCAGAAUGAGGUCCUGGACCGCCUUGCGCUAGAAGGCCUCACUCAUCGCACCACGCCGAUGUAUUCGCUACAAAAUAUUUCCGGAGUUUCCCAUCAGAGGUCGCGAAGCAAUGGCGCUUCCAAGCACUCCGGACAAGAAGCCCGCAAUUUCAAGGAUGAUCUCCUCAAGUACAUGCUCGAGAAGCGCCCGAAAUUCAUUCCCGACGAGUUCGAGAAGAGCGACAUGUGCGAGUGGCACGUCCAUGAGGAAGGGGUUCGCUGCAAGGUAUAG